AUUCACCGUAUCAGCUUUGGCGGGCGCGUUUCGCUGUGAAUGCUCACUGGCCGUGGACGCUUGAAUUCAGCUGUUUGAUUCGUUUGCAACAACCGAAGUGAUUGUUUUAUAGAAUUUGCCAUGAAAACUGAGUCCAACGAGAAGUGGGUGGUGUGCCGCGUUUGCUUGAACAAUCCUACCGAGGGCGAUGAGCUGCUCCACGACAUAUUCAGCGAAACGGCCAGCACGCGCCUGGACCAAAUGCUGCAUAUUUGCGCAGGCAUUCCAGUCAGCCUAGAUGACAACUUCCCGGACAAGAUGUGCAGCAAGUGCGUGCGCUGCCUGCGACUCUGCUACAAGUUCCGUCUGACAUGCCAGCGAUCCCAUCAGCACAUUAUGGACAUGCUGGACCGGGAGGCCAGCAAUGCUAAUGCCGGCGGCGAAGGGGAUUUGCUUAGCAUCGCGGAGGACCUUUCGGUGGAGAGCGUGCUGAAGUCAUGGGAGGACUACGCCAGUCAGCUGGAUGGUGGCAUGAAAGUGGAGGGCGAGGAGGAUCAGCAACAUGAGGUUAUCACCUAUGUCGUGGAUGAUGGUGACGCUGACGAUACCAAUAUGUUCGAUGUGCACGAUCGCACGCAGCCGGUGCCGUCUGAGAUCGAGGAGGCUGAAACCUAUGCUGAAUACGAGGAAUACGAACUGCUCACCAACGAAAACUCGCCGGAAAUCGCACAGGAAAAGGGAUCCACCGGCACAGAUGUUGCCACAAAAGAAUCGACCGAAGAAGAAAUUGCUGAAGAUGUACUCGACUCUGACGAAGACUAUAACCCAACUCAUGCUAAGCCGGAAAAACGCGUCCAAUCGGGCAGGAAGCCAGUUGCAUACCACAAGAAUAGCCCAGAAGUCGAAGCCUUCAAAAAGAAGGUGGGCAGGAAGCCGCGCAACAAGCUGAGCGCAUACAUCUGCGAUGUAUGCGGAAAUACCUAUCCGACUCAGGCGCGUCUCACCGAGCACAUGAAAUUCCAUUCUGGCGUUAAACCACACGAGUGCGAGAUCUGCGGAAGAGGCUUUGUGCAGAAUCAACAGCUGGUGCGGCACAUGAACACGCACACGGGGAACCGACCAUACAAGUGCAACUACUGUCCAGCUGCCUUCGCAGAUCGAUCCACGAAAACCAAACAUCAUAGAAUUCACACCAAGGAGCGUCCUUACGAGUGCGACGUUUGUUGCAGAACGUUUACCUACUCGGACAAUCUGAAGUUCCACAAGAUGAUUCACACGGGGGAGAAGCCGCAUGUUUGCGAUCUUUGCGGCAAGGGAUUUGUGAAGGCCUACAAAUUGCGUUUGCAUCGGGAAACGCAUAAUAGACGUACCGCCUGGAGAGAUGAGGCAGAAGCGAGCACCAAAAAAGAAGAUGUCAAGGGGGAAACGCCGGAGUUUCUCAGAGAGUGACUUGAUCUUAUUAGUUUUAAUGCAAAGUUUAGACUAAGCAUUUGGUAAGCUAUUGUUUUAGUUCUUCCAUUAAGCAAAUAAAUGUAGACAGGAUAUAUUUUA